UUUGGAGAUGUCACGGCAUCACAGCCGGUAUGAGAGAGAUUACCGCAUCGGCUGGGACUGGCGGGAACGAAGCACCAGCUGUAGCAAUGUAAAUAAUGCCAACUGCAGCAGUGGCAUUGCCAACAGUAGCAACAUCACUAACAGACCUGGUCUUCUGCCACUGCCAAUUGUUCCUUCCCGUCUCUUAACUCCAGUCACACCUGUUUGCACCACAGCAAGCAAUGAGAUGAUGACAAGUUUAAUGGUCAGUUCUGUUCCUUCCACAACCACAGCUUCUAAGCCUUCAAGCAUUUCUAAGAUUGACAGUCAGACACAAGGACAAAUGCUCAGUAAAAGUGUGAGAUGGGGACAAACUCCUAUCAAUCAGUCAACUCCCUGGGACACAGAUGAACCUCCAUCCAAACAAAUGAGAGAAAUAGAAAAUGCUGGUCCAGCAUCAUGGGUCCCUUCGGUCGCAGCAGUCGGUCAACCUGCCCUCAUACCUCCCACGUAUGGGAUGACACAGCCCCCAGCAUUCAAUGUCCAAGGCCCAGUGAUUGGAGUCACACCCACCAUGCCACCUCCAGUUCCCCCUCAGCUUCCACUUAUGACAGCACAUUAUCAAGUGCAACAUCCUUCCCAGCCUCUCACCAACAUGGUUGUUAAUCUGCAGAGUCAGCCUUUGUACACAACUAGCCAGCCGAUUACCAUGUCCCCCCUCACUGGGGUGGGUCAGGUGACUCAGCCUCCUCCAAGCACGGUGGGGAAUGGUCAGAUGAGUUGCCCCAUUCUGCAACCAUCAGCAGUGCCCUCAGCAGCCCUUCCCAGUAAUGCUCAGGGAGUCAAUGAGCAGGUAGUCUCCCAACUUCCUUUAAAUCCGCCACAAACUGAAAACAACAGAAAUGGAGUGCAGAUGUUACGGACUGUUGGAACGGGAAAAUACGAGUUUAUGGAUCCAUGGCACCCGAAAGGUGAGCGACGUGAGUCCCCUGUCAGCACCGUGGACCAGGCUCAGCCCAGACUUCACACCACGGAAGAACUUCAAGCAGAAAUGUUGAAGGAGUUGAACCAGCAGCGCAGAGCGAAAGAGUUUACAGACCUGAAAAUAACUGUUGAAGGCAAAGAGUUUGAAGUCCAUCAAAAUGUUCUAGCUUCCUGCAGCUUAUAUUUCAAGGAACUGAUCAAAAGGGCUUCAAAGGACAACAAGAAUGGAGAGAAGCUGGAGUUGACAAUUUCAAACAUAAAUGCAGAUGUUCUGGAAAUGCUGCUGGAGUUUGUUUAUACUGGCUCACUCAUCAUUAAUUCUGGAAAUGCAAAAACACUCCUGGAAGCUGCCAGUAAAUUCCAGUUCCGAACUUUCUGCAAAGUUUGUGUUUCGUUUUUAGAGAAACAGCUAACAGCCAACAACUGCUUAGGAAUACUAGCCAUGGCAGAGGCUAUGCAGUGUAAUGAAUUACACAACAUGGCAAAAGCCUAUGCAUUGCAGAACUUUCCAGAGGUAACAACGCAAGACGAAGUUCUGAACGUUUCAAAGGACGAUCUCAUUGCAUUUCUCUCCAAUGAUAACUUGAACACAAAGGCUGAAGAACUUGUUUACGAGGCUGUAAUUAAAUGGAUUAAGAAGGAUCCAAUAAACAGAACACAGCAUCUGUCGGAGCUGCUGGCGGUGGUGCGUUUGCCUUUUAUUCAUCCCAGCUAUCUGUUAAAUGUCGUUGACAAUGAGGAAUUGAUCAAGUCCUCAGAGGCUUGCCGAGACCUGGUAAAUGAAGCAAAACGUUAUCACAUGCUGCCGCAUGCUCGGCAGGAAAUGCAGACUCCCCGGACACGGCCAAGGCUAUCUGCAGGUGUGGCUGAAGUAAUCGUCCUGGUUGGUGGUCGUCAAAUGAUUGGAAUGAGCCAACGUGAUCUCACUGCCGUCAGCUGCUUUAACCCCCAGAACAACAAAUGGUACCCAUUAGCCAGUCUACCAUUCUAUGACAGGGAAUUUUUCAGUGUCAUCAGUGCUGGUGACAACAUCUAUUUAUCAGGUGGCAUGGAAUCUGGUGUCACACUUGCUGAUGUCUGGUGUUACAUGUCCCUUUUGGACAAUUGGAACCUGGUUUCACGGAUGACUGUCCCUCGGUGUCGACACAAUAGCCUCGUGUAUGAUGGGAAAAUUUACACACUGGGUGGUAUUGGUGUCUCUGGGAAUCUCAAUCAUGUUGAAAGGUAUGACACAAUUACCAACCAGUGGGAAACCGUGUCUCCACUUCCCAAAGCUGUGCACUCUGCGGCCGCAACUGUAUGCGGUGGCAAAAUCUAUGUGUUCGGUGGCGUGAAUGAGGCAGGACGGGCAGCUGGAGUUUUACAAUCCUAUGUCCUUCAAACAAACACGUGGACUUUCAUUGAAUCACCUAUGAUAGAUAACAAGUACGCCCCUGCAGUGACGCUCAAUGGUUUUGUCUUUAUUCUCGGAGGUGCCUAUGCCAGGGCUACGACCAUCUAUGACCCUGAUAAAGGCAACAUCAAAGCAGGCUCAAACAUGAAUCACUCGAGACAAUUCUGCAGUGCCGUGGUACUCGAUGGGAAAAUCUAUGCUACAGGAGGAAUUGUCAGUAGUGAAGGACCUGCAUUGGGAAACAUGGAAACCUAUGAUCCUCACACUAAUACUUGGACAAUCCUACAAAACAUGCCUUGCCCGGUGUUCAGGCAUGGGUGUGUAGUCAUCAAAAAGUACAUUCAAAGUGGUUGACAUGAUAUGAUAUCAGUUCCUGAAUUGUUUUAUUCUGCUACAGCAGUGCUUUAAAACAAUGAAUAUGUUCUCUGUACUGUCUACAUUGAAUGUAGAUUCCAUAUUCACCAUUAGGUGAAAUAGGGCAAAAAUCCCUAUGGAUGUAUUAUACUAUAACUUAUAAUGUUUCAAAUAGUGUCACAAGACCUGGCACUUGGUUUAGAUAUUGGGCAAUUCGGGUAUGAAUGCCUGCUUUAUAACAAUCAUCAGUUUUGCUUUCAGUUACCUAUAUGUUGUUAAAGGCCAUUUAGAAGGACAAUUGGUUUUGUAGAGUGUAAUAUCUACAGUACCAGAGUGUAGCAGCAUGUACCCUACUCAGUCAAAGUAUGAACAGUCCCAAGAGCACAAGAAAACCUCGAGAACAUGGUAGAAGUUGCAAAGCAAAUCAGUUGUACACUGGGACAAAACCGACGAGAAGCUUGGAUAGUCCAUGUGUUGCACGUUUUAGUCAUGCACAAUCGUAGAAAACAGAACUGAAAAUUAUACAAUUAAAUACCUUAAAAAAUGUAAUUCAUGUCGGGAGGCAAUUUUCUCUGAUUAUAUAAAGUAAGGCCACUCAAACAAAAGAAAUGAAAAUGCAAAUAAUAUUGGGAGAUGACUAUAUCAGGAAGUGGAAUUUUAGAUUCACUUUGUUUUGCAAUCAGUUCCCCUAUCGAUAGUGAAUUGUAACACUACCAAGAGGUGUAUGAUGCUGUUUUUGUAAAUUGCUGUUGAGAAGCAGGAGCAGGGACAUUAAUGCCAGGAAUGUUCAGAGGCUGUCGCUGUAAUGUCCUGCAUUGCCAUCUAGAUGAAUUCUUUCCAGGUUUAUAUCAUGGAUAAUACAUGACAAACAUACGCUGCAUCAACAGUAAAUAUACAUAGGCUCAGAAUUUGUUCCUUUAAUACCUUUUGCACAGUAACUAACAUGAAAGUAUCAUUUAGCUGCAGGAUUUUUAAAACUUAUUUGGCAUAUUUCAUUUUAUAUUAUCACAUAAAAGUACCUAACCAUUCUUAACCCAUUUUAUUCAUAAAUGCUAAACUGAAACAAGGCACAAGUCUUUAAAUCCAUGGCUUUUAUUUUUUAAUAAAAGUAGUUUUUUUUUCUCCCUGGUAAAGUAACUCUCCAUACAAUUGUACACUUAAGUACCACCAUGUGAUGAACUUGCUUCUUAUAACAAGUAUACCAGGGACGGUAAGGUAUAUUAAUCGACAAGUAAUCAUGAUGAUUUGGUUAACGGUCCAGAGAUAUGAGUUCAGAUUCCACUACAGUAUCAAGGGAAUUUAAAUUCAAUUGGCUAAACAAACUUGGGGAAAAAGAAAAUCAGUCAGGGCGAUCACAUAACUACUGGAGUGUACAAUCCCACUUAAUUCAUUAAAGCCUUUUAGAGAAGAAAAUUCUCUCUCAGUCUGGAUUAGGUGACUCCAGAAGCAGAACAAUGUGGCUCCUAAAGUUCCUCUGCAACAGCCUACCAAGCUAGAUUGUAAUGUUCUCAGAGGCAAUUAGCAAGGGACAAUAAAUAUUGGUUUUAACCACAUGUGUACCAAUUACAUCUGUGAAUACAUAAGGCAGUGAGGUGGGGGAAGAGAUAGGGAAGAAAACAAGCUGCUGAAGCAUUUACUUCUGGUAUUCAUGGCUCAAAACAAACUCAUGAAUAAUAUAUAAUCUAUACUAGCUCCUAUGGCGAGGAGAUAGUAAAUAUGAUUACUAUGAUCACUGAAAGAUACAUGUUCUGUACUGAUAGUUUAGGUUUCCUGUAAACAAAAUAUCAUAUUA